AUGAUCGCAUUACUUGUCAUUGUCGCUGUUGCCAUCAAUGUGCCAAUACUGUCCGAUACGGCGGAAGCCGCAACGAUGCCAGCGGCAUCAUUCCCAAAAGGCUUGCUAGCAGCCGACGGUCACGCGGACAUCAAAGAAGUACCUUACCAAGCGAUAAUAAUUUACCGUGAUCGUCCCAUCUGCGGUGGCGCGAUCAUUUCCGAGCAUCAUAUACUAACUGCCGCGCAUUGUUUGCUGUGGGGUCCGAGCGAGUAUCAAGUAAGAUUAGGCUCGAAUUUACGAGAUCACGAAGGCAGCCUACACGACAUUCGGGAGCACAGACUGCACGAGCUGUACUACGAAGAUCGAGAUUACCAGGCAAGUCCGCGCAAAGUGCCGGUCAACGAUCUGGCGAUAAUAGAACUUUCAGAGUCAAUCGAUUUCGAUUAUCGGCGCCAAGCGAUCAAAUUGUACGACUACAUGGAGGACGUAGGCGUUGGCGCAGAAGCUCUCGUUACAGGUUGGUACGUAUACAAGCACAACUUCAGCGCGGAACAUUUGACUACCAAGGUGGUGCAGACGUUGGAUAUGAGUCUCUGCAACAAAGCUUACGAAGACAUCGGCGGCGUGCCUGCCGGACAAAUUUGCGCGGGCUACCCAGGCUCGCCUGGUCGAACCGGCUGCCUUGGCGACUCGGGUGGUCCGCUGGUGGUCAAUGGUCGGCUGGCUGGAAUACUGUCGUGGGGUAACGGAUGCAUGAAGGCUCGUUAUCCAGGACUGUAUACCGAGAUCGCUUACUACAGAGACUGGAUCGAACGGAAAGGAAGAGAUCAAUACAGUUUGUGGACGCCGUAG